CACACAGCGACAGACCUGGCGGACACUGGCAGCGAAACAACGACACGAACUCCCACAAUACUUUUGGAAUUGAACCCGCUUUAUUUCAAAUUCAAUAGUUAAGAGGCAAAUAUGGCGACUGAAAUCAUGGAAAUGAACGGACAUGCCGACGAAGAGGAGCGGCGUCAAGGCCCCUGGAAUCGGAGGCAGGCAGGCCAGCCUAUAAACAUGAACCGGUAUGCUAAUAAGAAGAGUGCAGCAGAGAGCAUGCUGGACGUGGCGUUACUCAUGGCCAACGCCUCCCAGCUGAAGGCCGUCCUGGAGCAGGGUCCAGACUUCACCUUCUACACCCCCCUCAUCACCUUCAUCUCCAUAUCCCUCAUCCUGCAGAUCACCGUGGGCAUCCUACUCAUCUUCAUUGUGAAGUGGAACCUGAACGAUGAGAGCACCCACUUCAAGCUGAACAUUAUGGAGAACAUCGCCACAGCACUCAUCUUCAUCAUCGUUGUAGUCAACGUCUUUAUUACGGCCUUUGGUGUCCAAAAGCCCAAUCAAAACUCUUAACUGCACUCACUCCUUACCCCUGGUCAUUAGUUAUUACAGUUAUACAGGCAUUAUACUGGUGUCAUAUGCACAAUACACACAUAAUAUGCCAACGUGUACCCUUGGUUGAAACCCUCAAACAAGUGUUUGGUAAUCAGUGUCAAAUUGUCAGGUUACUUGAGUUUAAUAAAUAUAUGUAUUGUACAGACUUACAGUUAGAAUGCACAAAGGUGAAUCUUAAAGUAAACGUUUUAUACCGGAAUGCCAUAGCUGCACGAACCAAAUCACUGCUACUUUACAAGCAAGAGCGGUUGACGGAUCCAGUGUUCCAUCAGAUUCUCUGUGACACCAAAGACAAUGGAUCGAUUCGUUAUACAGGAUUCCCACUGGCCUUUCAUACAAGCGGCCAGUCACAAUCAGGUUGACCCUACUUCAUGACGAUCCUGUCACACUUAAUAUUUCGAUAUUACUUGUGUGAACAAUACAUUGUUCAAAUGAC